AGUCAUUGUGGGGCCAUGCCAAGAGCCGCGACGUGGCACAUAGCGCAACCCAAUAAUGCUACACCACGGUUAAACUGUGCAUCCCGGUGUCAUGCUCGCAGAGAUCAGUCCUGCGGUACGAACGACGCUGUUUCAGCUCGGCUCUACGAGGAGGAGAUGGCCGCGGCAGACGACAUCGGCGCCAGUGCGGGGAGGUGGUCCCUCCACGGCAGGAGGGCGCUCGUCACCGGCGGCACCCGCGGCAUCGGGUACGUACGCACCCUUCACGCCCCCUUCUUUUCCGAUCUCGUCCCGGCUUCAGAUGGUUUUCUGCGCUUGAUGUACAGGCGCGCGGUGGUGGAGGAGCUGGCGGCGCUCGGGGCCGCCGUGCACACGUGCUCCCGGAAGGAAGCCGAGCUCGGCGAGCGCUUGAAGGAGUGGGAGGCCAAGGGAUUCCGCGUCACGGGCUCCGUCUGCGACGUCUCCGUGCGCGACCAGCGCGAGCUCCUGCUCCAAGACGUCGCCGGCCGCUUCGCCGGCAAGCUGGACAUCCUCAUAAACAACGUGGGCACAAACCAUAGAAAACCAACCACUGAAUACUCGGCAGAUGAAUAUUCGUUCAUAAUGGCCACCAAUCUUGAAUCUGCAUAUCAUCUAUGCCAACUUGCACACCCUCUUCUCAAAGCAUCCGGGGUGGCCAGCAUUGUCUUCAUAUCAUCAGUCUCUGGAGUGGUAGCCAUAUCUAGUGGCUCCAUUUAUGGCAUGACAAAAGGUGCGAUGAAUCAGUUGGCCAAGAACCUAGCGUGUGAGUGGGCGAAAGACAACAUAAGAAUCAAUUCUGUUGCUCCAUGGUACAUCAAGACUUCACUUGUGGAAGAGGAUUUGGCGAAAGAGGAUUUCGUGGAUAGCAUCGCCCGUCGAACUCCCAUGAGGCGUGUGGGAGAACCUGAAGAAGUAUCAUCGCUGGUGGCGUUUCUCUGUAUGCCCGGUUCAUCUUAUAUCACUGGCCAGACGAUCUCGGUUGAUGGCGGCAUGACUAUAAAUGGCAUGUACCCGACUGAGAACUAGCAGAAGGGGUGAAACUGCAUGUUGGUUCAGAGCAAAUCGUGAUACAGAGCAAAUCGUGAUACGUGGAUCAUCCGUGUCCGCGUGUAUAACCUGUAUGGGAAGGUUAUCUUGAUGUACAAUCUGUAUGUGUAUGUUUUUCCACUUUAGCUAAAUGUAAGUCUACUGGAGAUGUGAUAAAAAAUGAUCCCUUGUUAAGAUUUGAAAA